AUGGCGCGGCCGCCGGCGCCCCCGUCGCGGCUGCUGGUGGAGCUCGUGCCCUGGGCCGGGCGGGCGCGGGAGCUCGGCCCGGGCCCGGCCGGGGAGUCGCCGCCCGGCGCCCGCCUCCUCGCCCCGCCGCCGGCCGCGGCGCAGCCCUUGACCCGCGAGGUGCACGUGGGCGGCAGCGCCGAGGUGUCGGCGACGCCCGACCGCGCGCAGGUGGCCGUGCGCGUGGCCAGCACCAAGGAGGCGGCGGCCGAGGCCAGGAGGAGCGUGGGCCGCCGCCUCGACUACAUCGCGCAGAGCCUGCGGCAGCGGGGGCUGCCGGCAGAAAAUGUAACUGUGACUAAGGAUUUCAGAAGAGUGGAAAAUGCCUAUCACAUGGAAGCAGAAGUGUGUAUUGUAUUUACUGAAUUUGGAAAAAUGCAAAAUAUUUGCAACUUCCUUGUUGAAAAGCUAGAUAGCUCUGUUAUCAUCAGUGAACCCCAGUUCUAUCACACUCCAGAUUCUGUUGAGAAUCUUCGACGGCGAGCCUGCCUCGUUGCUGUUGAGAAUGCCCGGCGCAAAGCUCAAGAAGUCUGUACCCUUGUUGGUCAGACCCUAGGAAAGCCUUUAUUAAUCAAGGAAGAAGAAGUGAAGGAAUGGGAAGGCCAAAUAGAUGACCACCCGUCGUCCAGACCCUCAAGUUCAUUAACUCUACAACAGAAAAUCAAGAGUGCGACUAUACAUGCUGCAUCAAAAGUAUUUAUAACUUUUGAAGUAAAGGGAAAAGAGAAGAAAAGAAAGCAACUCUGAAAUUCUAAACAAAAUGUAAUGUUUGUCUUUUUUCUGUUUUUAUACUUUUUAUAAUGCUGUUGUUCUAAAGUGUAACGUAUACAUGUAUACACAUAUGUAUGUGUGUAUGCAUAUGUACACAUAUCUAUGUACAUAUAAAAUGUUCUUUCCCCAAAACCUGUCAGUCCUUGAAUAUCAUCCCACAGAAUACUUAUA